AUGCCUCAACAUCAAGAGCAGGCGUCUUUAAAUCUUGUGGGGUUCGUGCAAGAGGGUCAAGCUGAUCUGCGUGCACAAUCACGAGCUGAACAAAUAGAACAAGCUAAAGAAAAAGCGGCGUCGCAAGCAGAGGAGCGCAAGACGUUACAGGAGCAGCUCAGAAAUAAUGCGAUUGCUAAACAGGAAGAGUUCAACUCCCUCGUGAAGGAAAAAAACAGUUUCACGAGAUUAAGUCAUGCAGAUGUUGAAUUUUAUAAAAAAAUGCGAGAUGAAAGUACGACUGAGAGACGAGAUCUGGAGACGUAUUUGACCCGCAAUUUACGAUACUUCGAUUCUGAGUCUGAAAGGCUCAGAAACGAGUCCAAAAUCGCACCAAAACCUAGUCUAAUGAAUUCUGGGCAUACUACUACCUUAAAGGUUGGUAGAAAACGCAUCAAGGGCAUUAUUAAGAAGCAAGAUAGAAAAACGAACAGUGGAGGUGUUUCCCAACAAACCGAUAAGGCCUGA